AAGUCAGCUCUGUUUAUGUAACGGUGUUUUCCUCUGUACUGUUCAGAUCUGCGGCGGUUUCGAAGAGCUCAGAGCUAGGAUCUGAAAUAAAAACAUGUUUCUGAAGGUUGUAGCUCCACUUCUGGCGGUCUUCAUGACCGUAACCAGUAACAUGAUAACAGGAGGCUGGAGGGAUGCGGACGUGAACAGUGAUGAUGUCCAGAAUGCCCUGAAUUUCGCCGUCACUGAGCACAACAAAGCGAGCAACGACUUGUACCUGAGUCAGGUUUCGAAGGUGAUCAAGGCACAGAAGCAGGUUGUUUCUGGUAUGAACUAUUUAUUCACCAUUGAGAUGGCCAGGACGUCCUGCAAAAAAGGUGGUAUUGAGAAGGUGUGUGGAGUCCAUCCAGACCCAAAUGUUGCAAAGCCCCGUGUAUGCCGCCUGAUGGUGUGGAAUCAGCCCUGGACAAACACCAUCAAACUUUUGCAGAAUACCUGCAAGUAGAAGUCCAAUCACAGAUUUGGUGUGGCCUUCUGAGCAACUGCAAUAACUGGUUUCUCCUACAGAAAUAUUUUAACUUGCAUGAACAUGUUUAACUCUUCUAAUCAUUAGUUUACAUGUAGUGUCUAGUUGUCAGCAUAUUACUAUAAGAAUGCUUCACAAGCUUAAGCAAUAAUGUUCAAAUGUAUGAACUUUUUGUAUACUUUUAAAAGAUGAAUGAAAAUAAAAUUUGUGCAAGAGUA